CCCUACGGACGCAUGCUUGGAAGACAUGCGCUUUGCGGCAAAGUCCUCCUUUUCUCCACACACGCUUCUAAGCCUCGGCACAUCUCCUCACAUCGCUACUAACUACACUUUAUUCAUCUUCCGUGUCAGGGUAAACUCCACUCGUCUCAGCCAAAUUUGGAGAUUAUUAGGCCCGCUUAGCUUGAUAGUUGUUUGAGUGCGCCAAUUAGCUUAGCAUGCUAGUUAGCUUAGCUUGUUAGCCGCUAACAAAGAGACGCGGAUUUGAUCAACACAUCGCUUAGUUAAGAUCAAGUGUGAGUGUAAAGUGUUGUGAUUGUGUGAAAAUGUGCGAAAGAACGAUAGCAAAGUAUGAGGAAGAACUUUGUUGUGUGAAAAUGUGUGAAAGAACGAUAGCAGAGUACAAAGAGGAACUUUCUCGGACAAAAGAAGAGAACGAGAGACUACGUCAACUAUUGGAAGCUGUUUUCAAGAAACCUCAAGUUGUGUUACACAGAACAGAUGUCCAGCAGCCCCCUCACAUUAAAGAGGAAGAGGAGAAUCCACAGCCCCCCCACAUUAAAGAGGAAGAGGAGGAAGUGUGGAUGAGUCAGGAGGGAGAGUGUCCUGUAGGGCAGGAGGAGGCUGAUGUCAGCAAGUUUCCACUGACUGUUGUCUCUGUGAAGACUGAAGAGCAUGAAGACAAACCACCUGAGUCCUCACAGCUUCAUCACAGUCCAAACCUCAAUGAAGAACAUCUACCUCAUGAGCAGGAGGUGGAACCACAGUACCCCCACAUACACAAGGAAGAAGAGGUACCACAUUCCCAACACAUCAAAGAGGGAGGAGAGGAGCCACAUCCCCCCCACAUUAAAGAGGAACAUGAGGCGCCACAGACCCAUAAUGUUAAACUGACCCUUCACAUUAAAGGGCAAGCGGAGGACCCACUGAUCUUACACAUCAAAAAGGAAGAGGAUGAUCCACUGACCCCUCCCUUUAAGGAGCAAGAGAACCCACUGAACCCUUACUUUAAAGAGGAAGAAGAGGACCAAGAGCCGCCGCACAUUAAAGAGGAAGAGGAGGAAGAGGGCAUCAGUCAGCCUAAAUGGUUGGAGGAGUUCCCAGUGACUGGUGUCCCUGUGAAGAGUGAAGAUGAUGAGGUGAAAGGUGAAAGUGAGGAGAGGGGAGGGGGGGAGCCUCCAAGCAGCAGCUCAACACAACACAUGACAACAGAAGCUGAUGGAGACCACUGUGGAGGAUCACAAGCAGACAAGCUCUUAGCUCCACUAUCAGAUAGUGAGGACACAACGUCACACUCUCCUGACACUGAUGAUGAAGACUCUAAAGAUGAUAAGACAUGUCACACUGACAACACUCACUUCACAUCUUCUCACUGUCACAAAACCUUUCAAUACCAUUGUCGUCUGAAAAGACACAUGAGAACACACACUGGAGAAAAACCUUUUUCUUGUUCACUCUGUAGUAAAGGUUUUACACAAAGUCACAAUUUGAAAGUGCACUUGAGAACACACACUGGAGAAAAAACAUUUUCUUGUUCAAUCUGUGGUAAAAGUUUUGCACAAAGUCAGGAUUUGAAAAAACACUGGAGAACACACACUGGAGAAAAACCUUUUUCCUGUUCAAUCUGUGGUAAAGGUUUUGCACAAAGUCAGGAUUUGAAAGUACACAUGAGAACACACACUGGUGAAAAAGCUUUUUCCUGUUCAACCUGUGGUAAAGGUUUUACACAAAGUCAGAAUUUGAAAGCACACAAGAGAACACACACUUGUGAUAAAUCACAUUCCUGUUCAAUCUGCAACAGAAGCUUUGGUGACCAACCAACCCUUGUAGCACACAUGAGAACACACAGUGGUAAAAAAACUUUUUCUUGUUCAAUAUGUGGUAAAGGUUUUGCACAAAGUCAGGAUUUGAAAGUACACAUGAGAACACACACUGGUGAAAAACCUUUUUCUUGUUCAACCUGUGGUAAAAGUUUUACACAAAGUCAAAGUUUGAAAAGACACAUGAGAACACACACUGGUGAAAAAGCUUUUUCCUGUUCAACCUGUGGUAAAGGUUUUACACAAAGUCAAGAUGUGAAAGUACACAUGAGAACACACACUGGUGAAAAAUCACAUUCCUGUUCAAUCUGCAACAGAAGCUUUGGUGAACGAUCAAGCCUUGUAGCACACAUGAGAAUACACCCGGGAGAGAAAGUGUUGAAUUGCAGUGUGUGUGGUGAAAGAUUGUCUUCUAAGUACCAGUGUAAGAAACACAAGUGUGCUGGUGAGAACAGCAGCAGCAAAUGAAACUGCAGGAUUUGAAAUAAACUGUCCAGACUUUCAUUUUGACUUUCUAACAACAUCAGCACAUAUAACAUGUUAUUGUUUGUGUAACAAUCUUUUUUAAUAUGCUUCUACAUUUAUAGAUGAGAUCGUUUGGAAUAUGGAAAUAUUACAUAUUUGUAUUUCUAAUGGUAAUAAUCCCAUAGAUUAGCCCCUAUUUAUUAUAUACAUAUGUACUGGUUCACAUCUGAAACAUCUUCUGGACCACUUCAGGAAGCAUAUUAUUAUUUACUUUUUACAUCAUUUGAACAGUUGUCUUUUAUACAAUUUUGAAAUGUUAAGUUUUAUUAAUCAUUUGUUGGGUCUCUAUAAUCCAUUGUAUUAAUUAUCUUUAUUACUGUCUUUUGUAAUAUGAUGAUUGUGUUGUGAUUGUUUUAUAUGUAUGUCCCCAGACCUUUAUGCAAUAUAAAAAAAUAGAUGAAAUGGCUGAAUUGUUUGUGGAAGGAUGGUUUUGUUUUUACUAACAUACACUUGUGGAUAAAACACAAAUUUCAAUUAUUGUGUUUUAAAACAUUUUAAUGUUUUUUUUUGUUGUUAUUUUUUUAACAUCCUCCAAAACAAUAUCAAUAUCAUUCAAAGUUUGGAAUGUCAGGCAAAAGCCAAUUCUGUACAUCAUCCUACAGAGAUUUACUUGGCAUAAAUUCAUAGAGCUUUUCCGUUGGCGAGGGCAGAAAUUGGCGUUUUAUCCGAUUUUGAGUCACAAAUAUAUCAGAUUGUAAUCAGGGUGCCAAUGCUGGAUACUUUUAUGGACACUUUAUGGACGAUUUUAAAGUGAUCAAGGCGUAUUUGUUUGUCUAAAAGACAUAUCACCGACCGUCAGCGAGCUUGGUGUGUCUUUAGCCAGGUGGCUAGCUAGCCAGUCCCUUCCGCUAACCUCCAGCUCGCCUUGAACUUUAAAGUUUGCUAUUUUCGCCACAAUUUUAUCCACUUAGUUAAUCGCUUUUGAUGUUUGUGAGUUAACAACUGUUGUUUUGUCGAAGCUUGGUAUUUUAACAAUUUGCACAUUUGAAAUGCUGUGUCAAUAGGCCUCCUAGUGCUGAUGCUUUUGUAUCUGAAGGAGUUAUGUGAGAUGUUUGACAGGGAAUAGAGAAAUCUAUUUACUGGGUGAUAUGAAUGUUGACUAGCUGGGACAGGGGUGUACAAACACAAAUAAGAUACUAUCCAUUUUAAAUGCUUGCAAUUGUCAUGAUCUGUGGUCUAGAUCAUGUGUUGUUUAGUUAUGUUCUGUAAGUUUUGGACUCCAUUAGUUCCUGUAUUUGUGCACCCUUGUUUGUUUUAGUUAACAAUGGCUACCUAUUAGGUUCACCUGCCUCGUGUGUCCGGUACGCACCUGCUCUAAUCAAGAAACUUUUAUUUAAGCCUGUCUCUGCCAGUUUGUCGGCCUGGUUUCAUUGUUUGCGUCACACCUUUUCCAAAUGUCGAAGAACAUAUUUUUCGUGAGCAGGAAGAGGAACCACAGUCCCCCCACAUUAAAGAGGAAGUUGAGACGCCACAGACCCAUAGUGUUAAACUGACCCUUCACAUUAAAGGGCAAGCGGAGGACCCACUGAACUUACACAUCAAAAAUAAAGAGGAGGACCCACUGACCCCUCACAUUAAACAGGAAGAGGAGUACCCACUGACCCCUUACUUCAAAGAGGAAGAGGAGGACCAAGAGCCGCCGCAGAUUAAAGAGGAAGAGGAGGAAGAGGGCAUCAGUCAGCCUAAAUGGUUGGAGGAGUUCCCAGUGACUGGUGUCCCUGUGAAGAGUGAAGAUGAUGAGGUGAAAGGUGAAAGUGAGGAGAGGGGAGGGGGGGAGCCUCCAAGCAGCAGCUCAACACAACACAUGACAACAGAAGCUGAUGGAGACCACUGUGGAGGAUCACAAGCAGACAAGCUCUUAGCUCCACUAUCAGAUAGUGAGGACACAACGUCACACUCUCCUGACACUGAUGAUGAAGACUCUAAAGAUGAUAAGACAUGUCACACUGACAACACUCACUUCACAUCUUCUCACUCUCACAAAACCUUUAAAUACCAUAGUCUUCUGAAAACCCACAUGAGAACACACACUGGAGAAAAACCUUUUUCUUGUUCACUCUGUAGUAAAGGUUUUGCACAAAGUCACGAUUUGAAAAGACACAUGAGAACACACACUGGAGAAAAACCUUUUUCUUGUUCAAUAUGUGGUAAAGGUUUUACACAACGUCAAAAUUUGAAAGUACACAUGAGAACACACUCUGGUGAAAAAAACGUUUCUUGUUCAAUCUGUGGUAAAGGUUUUGCACAAAGUAAUAAUUUGAAAAGACACAAGAGAACACACACUGGAGAAAAACCUUUUUCCUGUUUGACCUGUGGUAAAGGUUUUACAAGAAGUACAUAUGCGAAAGUACACACGAGAACACACACUGGUGAAAAAUCACAUUCCUGUUCAAUCUGCAACAGAAGCUUUGGUGAACGUUCAAAGCUUGAAAGACACACGAGAAGACACCCAGGAGAGAAAGUGUUGAGUUGCAGUGUGUGUGGUGAAAGAUUGUCUUCUAAGUACCAGUGUAAGAAACACAAGUGUGCAUCUGAAACAUCUUCUGGACCACUUCAGGAAGCAUAUUAUUAUUUACUUUAUACAUCAUUUGAACAGUUGUCUUUUAUACAAUUUUAAAAUGUGUGACUUUAUGAAUCAUUUGUUGGGUCUCUAUAAUCCAUUUUAUUAAUCAUCUUUACUACUCUCUUUUGUAAUAUGAUGAUUGUGUUGUGAUUUUUUUAUACUUUAACUUAAUAUGUAUGUACUUGUACGUUUAUGCAAUAAAAAGUGAGAGAAAA